AUGGCACCUUUACCAAAGGAAAGGGUUACACCAAGCAGACCUUUCACAGUUACAGGCGUUGAUUUUGCUGGGCCUAUUUUUACAUAUUUAAAAAUUCAUGGUAAAGCACCGUAUAAAUCAUACAUUGCGGUUUUUAUUUGUUUUGCUACUAAAGCAGUUCAUUUAGAGGCCGUCACUGAUUUAACUAGCGAUCCAUUCAUUGCUGCUUUAAAGCGAUUUGUGGGACGACGAGGAAUAGAAUUUUCAUUUAUUCCUCCUCGCGCCCCACAUUUUGGGGGUCUUUGGGAGGCUGCUGUAAAAACUGCCAAAGGCCAUCUAUAUCGCACAUUGUCUAACGCUCAUCUUACGUUCGAAGAACUUACAACAUCAUUAGUCGAGAUUGAAGCAAUCAUGAAUUCUCGACCGCUCACAGCAACUUCAACAAACCCCAAUGAUUUCGAAUCUCUGACGCCUGCGCAUUUUUUGAUUGGUACAUCAUUACAAGGUAUUCCUGAGCCGUUUUUAAAGAACGAAAACAUUGCACAUGCCCAACGCUGGCAACGAAUAUCAGCAGCAAAAACACACUUUUGGAAGAGAUGGCAGAGCGAAUAUUUAGCAGACUUGCAGAACCGAUAUCGUUGGAAAUAUGAUCAAGAUAACGUUGCAGUUGGCAACUUGGUUAUCAUUUAUGACGAGCACGCUCCUCCGAUGAAAUGGGUAAUGGGUCGUAUUGUGAGUGUGAAAACAGGCGCUGACGGACGUGUUCGCGUUGCUGAUGUACAAACACCAACAACAGUUUUACGACGCCCUGUUGCUAAGUUGGCACUUAUUCCAAUUAAUCGAAAUUUAAUAUUUCAAUAG